AUGUCUGGUCAACAAGGGGGAUACGGGCAACCUCCAAAUAUGCAACAACAGCAGAUGAUGUAUGGUCAACAGCACAUGAUGGGCAGGCCAAUGGGACAAAUGGGAGUACAACGACAGAUGUAUGCACAAGAUUCGGGUAUACCCCAGCAACAGGGGCAAAUGCCAAUGCAUUUUGCUACCCAACAACAACAAAUGCAAAUGGGUCAACCACAGAUGAACCAAAUGCCACAACUUCAACAACAACAACAACAGCAACAGGCAAUGGGUCAUCAACAACCCAUGCAAAUGGGCCUUCAACAACAACUUGGAGGCCAACAAAUGGGAAUGCAACCACAGCAAAUGGUACAACAACAGAUGGGACAGCAGCAGAUGGGACAACAGCAGAUGGGACAACAGCAGACAGUUCAACCACAGCAACAACUUUCUCAACAAGGACCACCUUCGAUGGGUCAACAAUCAAUGCUUUCUGGACAAACGCAGCUCGGCUCAAUGCUCGGCAGUUCACUAGGAUCGGUAUCUCAGCAACACAUGCAAAUGCAGCAGCCGCGAAGUCCGAUGACAACGGGUUCAGUGGGACCGCUUGAUCCGUACAUUCUCAUUGUGAAAUUGCAGCUUACUCCUGGUGGUGGUCCAGGAUCUCAAGCGCCCGGAUCAACACUUGCUGUGGCCAGUGUUGGUGGUCCCACC